AGUAAGACGUAUCGCGAAAAGACGUCGUCGUCGUCGUCGAUUUCGCCAGAAAAUUUUCCUCCGUUUUUCCCCCACGGACGCAAACGGGUGUGUUGUGUACGUGUACGACGUGUGUGUGCGCGAAAAUCUCACAAGUUAAAACACUUAAUUUCAGAGUGCAGAGUGCACCAGAGUGGAAGCUGCCUUCUGCAGAAAAGUUUUGAACCGUCUACACAGCGGGGCGUGUGCGUGUGUGUAUAGUGGCGUUUGGUUAUGUGCUGCAACACAUCACCAGCAUCGCCCAGUUAGGUAUCCUUUUGUUUCGCAAAAGGGGGCCGACCAUCAUUACCAUCAUCGUUUCAGAGGGUAUCCGUCGUCGUGUGCUGAUUAUUGUGCAUCAUCUUCUCGUUGGGUGAGAGUUUUUUUUUCGCACCCCACAGUGAAACGCACCCCCCUUGCGCGAGUGUGCGACGUUUUCUGUGAGUCAAGGUAAAAUUUGUGUGUGAGAAAGAAGAAUAAAUAGAAUCCUUAGUGCAAAUCACCCACCUCACGCUCACCAAAGUGCGUCGUUUUUUUUUUCCUGUGAGCUGUGAGACUUUUGUGAGCUGAGGAUAUUAUCCUCUUUGUGUGCAGUGUCGAAAAUUGUGCAAAGGUAGUCUUCAGUUUGCUUUUGUGUGCGUGUAUUGGGUACGCACACAAAACAUCACAACGCUUGCAUCCGAACGGAAACGGAACGGAACUUGCGAGAAAGGACCCCGAAUAUCCGGGAGCCUUCAAAGUUGGGGAAAAAGCAUUACUAUCUCACAUCGUUGUCGAAUCUUUCGCGACUUCUUCUGAAGGAGAAAAGCAACAAUUUCCUGCAAGAUCUCGGUGAAUGAUUCAACAUCGUUUGCAAACACCGCUAGUAAGACGACGACGAUAACGCAACAAAUUCUAAGGCCCCCAAGGACGCCACAAUCGAAACGUCCGGUGGCCGCCACUCCAGAGGAUCCUGAGCGUUUGACAGUGUUCUCUGGUGCUGAUAAAUUCUGCAAACGGAAGCUGUGAAACCAGUCACUAACGACGAACGACGACAAAUCGACGACGACAAAGAAAGCAACAAGCAAAAAACAAAAAAGAGAAAAAGAGAUACUUACAUAUACUUACGAAUCAGGAAAAAAAAAUUACGACCUCCCCCCUUCCCCGCUAGUGCAAUUUUGCGUUGGAAGCGGCACAUUAAACAAGGCCGCCAUACGCGCGUAAUAAGGUGUAAACUAACCGUAGCAAAAGGUGUGUAAAGCAAAAGGAAGCGAAAUUUUGAGCGAAAAUUGAUCGAGUUAUACCUCCUAGUGAAAGUGCAAAAGCCGAGUGAUCGAAAGCGAAAAGUUAAUUGAAUUUAACGUAUAAAAUCGUUCGUUCGUUGGUGGCGUAAUCGCGGCACUCUGUGUGUGUGCGUGUGAAAGUGAAGUAGGAUCGUGUCCUCCUCGUGAGCCGGGGGCAAGUGUCAGCUGAACCGUUUCGAUCGCGAAUCAAUCCGGAUCGGCAGCCGGAGUAAUCCAGUUGAACCGUAAAAGGAUACCGUACCGACAGACGGGGGAAGACAACGGCGACAGCACGGAGCAGCAGGAGGAGAACGUUUUUUAUAACCAUUCACCAGCAGAUCAAAACAUGAAAAUGGUGUUGUCACAACGGCAGCGCGAGGAGCUUAACCAAGCGAUUGCCGAUUAUCUGGGAAGCAAUGGAUACACAGACGCGCUGGAAGCGUUCCGGAAGGAGGCCGACAUGCCGAACGAGAUAGAGCGCAAGUACGGUGGGCUGUUGGAGAAAAAGUGGACCUCCGUCAUUCGGCUGCAGAAGAAGGUGAUGGAGCUGGAAGCGAAACUGUCCGAGGCGGAGAAGGAGGUGAUCGAGGGUGCACCGACGAAGGCAAAACGUACACCGAGCGACUGGAUACCGCGACCGCCGGAAAAGUUCGCCCUCGCCGGCCACCGGGCGACCGUGACGCGGGUUGUGUUCCACCCCGUCUUUAGCAUGAUGGUAUCGGCCUCGGAGGACGCCACGAUCAAGGUGUGGGACUUCGAGACGGGUGAAUAUGAACGUACGCUCAAGGGUCACACGGACUCGGUACAGGAUUUGGCAUUCGAUUCACAAGGGAAGCUGCUCGCCUCCUGUAGCUCGGAUCUGUCGAUUAAACUGUGGGAUUUCCAGCAGACGUACGAGUGCGUCAAGACAAUGCACGGUCACGAUCACAAUGUGUCAUCGGUUUCGUUCGUACCGGCGGGCGAUUUCCUACUUUCUGCGUCACGCGACAAAACGAUCAAGAUGUGGGAGGUGGCCAGCGGCUACUGCGUCAAGACGUUCACGGGCCACCGGGAAUGGGUGCGCAUGGUACGGGUGAACGUCGAUGGAUCGCUGAUGGCCUCCUGUUCGAACGAUCACUCGGUUCGUGUAUGGCAGACGAACUCCAAGGAAUGCAAAGCUGAGCUGCGGGAGCAUGAGAAUACAGUAGAAUGCAUUGCCUGGGCACCGGAAUCGGCCGCAGCGGCUAUAAACGAGGCAGCCGGAGCAGACAACAAGAAAGGUGCACACCAAGGCCCAUUCCUGGCAUCGGGAUCACGAGACAAAACGAUCAGGAUUUGGGACGUCAGCUCCGGGCUGUGCCUGUUUACGCUGGCCGGCCACGACAAUUGGGUGCGUGGUAUCGUGUUUCACCCCGGUGGCAAAUACAUGAUUUCCGCUAGCGACGACAAAACGCUACGCAUCUGGGAUCUACGCAACAAGCGUUGCAUGAAAACGCUCUACGCGCACUCACAUUUCUGUACAUCCGUGGAUAUGCAUAAGUCCCAUCCUUACGUCAUAUCCGGCAGCGUGGACACGACGGUUAAAGUUUGGGAGUGCCGCUAAGUCAAAACCCGUCUUUCCUCUCCCCCACCCCUGUGUCCUGUAAGCCACCACCAACCAAUCUAACUACCGAUGUUGGCAGCUUGUUUUUUUUUUGUUUUUUUCUGGGUCCCUUUCGACUCAUUGGCGCUUUUUUUUAUGUGUUCGCUCUUCGACAAAGCAAAGCAAAUUAGCAAACAGCCAACACCCAUAUUGCACACGUGACGUGGAUUAUAGGAUGUUCCCCCGCAUACAACCGCGAACUGCUGCAGAUACAGCAUCAUCAUUGGCAUUGAGCUUUGUUUCGCCAAGCAGAUUAUUAUGUGAUGCGUGUGCAACGGGUUCAUAUUUCAUAUGUGUUCUCCGAUGCAGCUGGUGUCAACUUAUUGUGAUGAAGAAGGCAAGGAAAAAAUCGAGGAAUAGAUAAUGUGUGUGUUUGUAUGUGUGUGCGUGAGAGAGAGAGAGAGAGAGAGAGAGAGAGAGAGAGAGAGAAGGUGAGAAAAUUUGAAAAAAGUUUUAGUUCGUUAUUAGUUAAACAGUUCUAUUUUACUCAUAUCGAUCCAAUGAAUAGUGGCAGGCGAAUACGAUAAUGAUAACGUUCGUUAGCUAACACCCUUACACCGAAGCAACAUUCAGCUCCUCCCGUAGGCUAUAGUAAGCUUCUUUCCCAUUCUGUUUCGGAGUUCAUUAAGAAUUCGUACAACAACAAAAGUAAUAUUAAAACUGCUAAAUCAAAUAAUUACACUCGUAGAAGCUACACAACACCACAUCCAAAUAAAAGAAAACACUCACAAUUCAUUACAAUAUAAUUAUUAGAGCAAAAUACACAUUCUUGAAAUUGCAGUCGUUAUCGAACGAAAGCGGAAGAGAGAAUAUUGUCCUUUGCAAUGGGUCGUCAGGAAAUAAGUAACCAGUAAAUGAGUAAACAGAAACAGAAUGAAUAAGCUCCGUGCUUGUAGCGAUGGGAAGAUGUCAACUGAUUCGCCCGUAAUAGGGACAAAUGGCGAUGGAAUGUAGCGGGCAAUGAUGAUUGGAAAGCAUGAGCAACAGUGCAAGGAAUUAUAUGUGAAGGAAAUAUUAUUAUUAACAAUAUACUUACGAUUUAAAGGUAUGGUUGGAGAAUAAUCGAAUGCAAAAAUGAGACAUACGCCGAAGCGUCGAGAGGAGUGAAGGUUGCGCAAUGUUCGGUUUGUGAAGCGCAGACAAACAUGCAAGCGGAUUAGUCGUAGGAUGACGUCGUUGGUGUAAAGCGCAAGAGCAGAUGCAACAGUCACGCUAAGUCAAAUUGUAAUCAGUGCCACCUCACAACAGAGCUCGUCCGACCAGAGGGCCCAAACACACAAAAUCACAAGCCGAAAAACCGACCGCACAUCCACAUGCUUCAUCUUGUCAUUUCUUCUCCGAAGACUGUUCCGGGUCGUGUUGACCCGGUAACAGUGCCCGGUAAGUUGUGGCGCGUAGCGUUACAAAUGGAACUGUUUUUGGGUGAGGGUGCAUUUGAUUCGGCUCCUGUUGAAAUGCUUAUGUAUUUUCCAGCUUUGUCCAAACGGUUGCAGCGAUAGCUUUAGAGUUUUUUCCCUUCGCGGCUUGAAAGGACCACUAAGGUCAAGCCUGUUUUAGUGGCUAACUUUUUUUUUCAUAACACAAACAUCUGCACAUGUGUUGAAAGGGUCGUUUAAUCUGAUUCUUCUGUACGAUCGCCUCUCGCCUUAAAGGGUUAACAAGUAUUAAUCCUCACAAUAGAUCCAUAGUGAAGCAUAUAGGCUGAUUUGGGUUUUUAAUUACGGAAGCUUACCCUCAAUGAAUGUUGUUCCGCAAUUAUGCAUCAGAAUAAUAAUGAUCCAAGAAAAAGGCUUCUUUCCUACGUAAAGAAACCAAACGCGUAAAAAUAGCGUGCGUGUUUUAUUUCGCUUCUGUUUCGAUUCAGUUAUUCUGGUUGUAGGUUUUAUGUUUCAGUUUCAUUGCCACCAUCCGAACUGAUCGAAACAUUGGGAAGAGAAUGGACAAUUGAAACACGAAAAACAAUUAUGGAAUAUCUAUUUAAUCUCUUUCUCAUUCUCCCUCUCUCUCUCUUUGCGAUAUUCGAAAAAGGAUCGCACUGAGAGAUGAAUACCACUACACACCAUCAAGUUUUCCCCGGUGGUUUUGGGACAGUCUUUCACGACUUUGUAAAAUUGGCUUUGUUUUGUCGGAAGCUGUUUGUACAUAGUGCGAAUAGAAAAGUUGGAUAAGAUUGUUUUAGAUUGAGCAUGACCAGAUCAAGGCUCCCGUCGGGUUAGCUUUAGAGCGUGUUUUACACUCGCUGUCCCCUAUUAGACCCUGUAGAGACGCGAAAGGGUUUUAGAAAACCCCUCGCCUUGAUCGAUGGGAUACUAACACGACCACUAUUUUAUAUACACAGUCCAUAUUGUAAAUAUUGUUAAAGCACACGCGUAAAUACGCAGACAUCUGCUUGCGCACCAGCUACGAAACUUAAGCAUUACCCUGGAGAAAAAGGUGGUAUGGAUCAUGAUCGUGAAUUACCAUUUUUCAGACACCUUGUCGUUCGGGAGUAUGUGUGUGUUGCUGGUGUGACAAACAAAUGGUGAUCAACUUGAGCAGGGAAACCGGAGCAAGAAAGGACGGAAAGGCAAUGUGUGUGGCGUGUUGGUAAUGGUAGAAGUGCAUGGCAAUCAAAUAAAACUGACAAAUGUAGCUUCUACCAUACGGGAAAAAAAUACGCAACGGCUUCGCUCUAGAGGAUCAAUGAAUCAUCGGCACCAGCAGAAGGAAUGUGAUGCGGAAAUGCGUGAGAGUGUGCGACUUGUUUCAUACUAUUUAAAUUAUUAAAUCUAUUUCUAAUGUCCUCAUAUAUUGCAAUGGAGCAGGAACAACAAAAACAAGCGUUCAAACACCCAAGAAACGCGUUUCAGUGAGAUAAGAUAAUUGUGCAAAGGGAUUGCUGCAAAACGAAACAUAAUUACAACUGCUAAUACUACUAUUAUUAUGAUUACCUAUUAUAAUUGCUACACGAAUAUGGCUACGCAACGUUGCAAAGCUACUUCUAGAGGUAACGGCAACAACAUAGUGUUAAACGCGUUGUAAAACAAAAGUGAAUACCUUGACGGAACUGAGAUGUGCGAUGUGUUACUACUGGUAAGGCCCAAGAGGAAUGCUUACCGGCGCUCAAUAUCAGCAAAAGAGCAUACACGGCAUCUGCGGCACAGGAAAAUGUCCCUCCCGAGCUGUGUCGGAUUAAAAGUACAUGUGAAAUGAAUGUGUUCCAACAAAACAACAGCAACAAAAAUGGAAGCAUCCAUGCGUGAGAUACCGAAGAUGGGAGGAACUCGUCGGUGCUCCAUUCGCUUGCGCUUCCACGUGGUAGUCGCCGGCAAACAGGAGCGUGAUUUGAUUUUAUUUCCUACAUGGUAAAUAAAAUUUAAAUCUACCACGACGAACGAUUUAGAGCGGGACAACGUGUGAUUACACGGAUGUGGCUAAAAUGGGCCACCACCACGUGCCCCCUGCCAGGGCAAGUCAAAGGCUACGCAGUUCUGUAAUAAUAUUCUUAAAGAAGGGU